AGAAACGUGGUUUUAAAGCAGGAACGUUCCCCUUUUUGAAUCGGGCCAUUUGCAUCUGUAACAUCACGGACAUGAAGCAUAUCUGCAUAUAAAAGCCUACGUAAACAAUUUCCCGACUUACUGUAGCAGUUCAAGAAGCAACAUCAUAAUGUAUUCGGCUAUGUUUACCAUCUCGGUGCUUUUGGGCAUCCUCGGCUCGGCCACGGCAAUUCGGCUACCAACUCACCAUGGGUCUUUCGUUCAGCUCCAGAUACACCACCCAAAUGGCAGCACCGUUAACAUGUAUCUACGAGAUUCAUACAAGCCAGCCUCCAGCAUAGGAGCACACGGCAAACGAUUCUAUAGUACCUACCAUAAUGAUACGCAAGAUUUUGAGAUUUGCGCCGAGACCAACUUCGUCGAAACCUCAACUUCGGAUUCGGCGCUCUCUAGUGACUGCUCAGCCAUUGUGACAGAGCUCAAGGCGAACCCCGGCUUCUUCGAGACUGGUAAUUACACAGAUAAUGAAUACAACUACCUUGCCGUGUGUGGAACUUGUGCUUUCGGGGUGUAUCGCACAGACGGGUUGAGCUCAGGGGUCAAUAUUGGUAGUAAGGAUGUGGUGGACAAUAUCAAUGUAUCUAUCAUUAGGUUCCCGUAUGAUGGUCAUGUCGGUGCUACAGGUAACUUUACUUGUAAUUCGGCUCCGAUUGACUGGGCAAUAUUAAGGGCAACUUAACGACGGUCCAUGUUGUAUUAGACGGACUGGUUAGGCGUAUUCGAAGGAUAUUGUUCUCUCGUUCAGAAAUUCCACCCGUGACUAAUACGUUGUUAGGAAUAACACUCUUCGUAUAUUAUAACAAUCAUUGUGCCCACAUAAGUUACCAAGACUGCAUGAGAA